AUGCAGAUUCAAACGGAGAACGAUUUUUGGAAUUGGACUCAUAACGUGGUAAUCCAAGAAACCCGUGCCCAAAACUGGUACAACGGAGACGCUGCUUAUGGCCUCAGGGGGUUUCUGAAUGACAGGAACAGUCGCAUGAUGGGGUACGCAAUUUUGCGGCAAGUGAGGUCACAGCCGAACACCUGCGUAAUUCCUGUCGGUAUGCGGAAGCAAAACAUCACGAGUUGCGUGUAUUAUUCUGAAUACAUUCAUGAAGAACGUGGGGAUUUCUGCACGAAAUGGAGACGAAGGGCUUCGUACAUUCCGGAUGAAGAAUGCGGUUGGGACGAGUUCAGCUACAAGAAUUCGGCUGAGUUGAAAUCAUUCCCGAUUGUUGGCAAAUUGGAUGGGUACGGUGGUGGAGGAUAUGUUGUCAAAUUACAAGGCCGAGCUGAAGAGCUGUCAGAGAAGCUGAAGGAUCUGCAGCAAGCUGAAUGGACUGAUCACCUCACGAGGGCCAUUUUCUUGGAAUUUUCGAUUUACAACGCAAACGUGAAUUUGUUCGGCCUAGCAAGAAUAAUGUUUGAGAGUAUCCCUGGUGGCGGU